CCCUUGUUGCCACGUCUUUCCACGGUUCCCGAAAAGACCACAUUCCAACUGCGGCUGCUGCCACCACCGGAUCGCUUUUUUUUUUUAUUUAAACUUUGGAACGUCACUUUAUUUAACUGUUUUCUAACAUAUCUGUAAAAUAUGGCUUCAUCCGACAUCGCUCGACAACCGCAGGAUAAAAAUGCGCGUCCUUUGGCCUUGGCUGGUCAUGUGGGCUUUGACAGUUUGCCAGAUCAGCUUGUCAACAAAUCCACGAGCCAAGGCUUCUGUUUUAACAUCCUCUGCAUCGGUGAGACAGGGAUUGGCAAAUCCACGCUCAUGGACACCCUUUUCAAUACAAACUUUGAGAACUUUGAGUCUUCCCACUUUGAGCCCAAGGUGAAGCUCAGAGCCCAGACCUACGACCUACAAGAGAGCAACGUGCGACUGAAGCUCACCAUCGUGAACACUGUUGGCUUUGGGGACCAGAUGAAUAAGCAGGAGAGCUACCAGCACGUGGUGGACUAUAUAGAUACCCAAUUUGAGUCCUAUCUGCAGGAGGAGCUUAAAAUCAAGCGCUCACUGCAUAACUACCACGACUCGCGCAUCCACGCUUGCCUCUACUUCAUUGCCCCUUCCGGACACUCUCUCAAGUCCUUGGAUCUGGUCACGAUGAAGAAACUGGACAGCAAGGUCAACAUCAUUCCAGUCAUCGCCAAAGCUGACACCAUUUCCAAAAGUGAGCUCCACAAGUUCAAGAUCAAAAUCAUGAGCGAGCUUGUAAGCAACGGCGUUCAGAUCUACCAGUUCCCCACUGAUGACGAGACCGUCGCCAAGAUCAACACUGCCAUGAACGGUCACCUGCCUUUCGCUGUAGUCGGGAGCACGGAGGAGGUGAAGAUCGGGAACAAGAUGGUGAAGGCCCGCCAGUACCCCUGGGGUGUGGUGCAAGUGGAGAACGAGAACCACUGUGACUUUGUGAAGCUGCGGGAGAUGCUGAUCUGCGUGAACAUGGAGGACCUGCGGGAGCAGACACACGCGCGCCACUACGAGCUGUACCGCCGCUGCAAGCUAGAGGAGAUGGGUUUCAAAGACACAGACCCCGAGAGCAAGCCCAUAAGCCUGCAGCAGACCUAUGAGGCCAAACGGCAGGAGUUCCUUAGUGAACUUCAGCGGAGGGAGGAAGAGAUGAGGCAGAUGUUUGUCCAGAGGGUGAAGGAAAAGGAGAUGGAAUUGAAGGAGGCUGAAAGAGAGUUGCAGAGCAAGUUUGAGCAGUUGAAGAGGCUGCACCAUGAGGAGAACAGCAAGCUGGAAGAGAAGAAGAAGAUGCUGGAGGAUGAGAUCAACACCUUCAACAACAAGAAAGCUGCCGCCGAGCUUCUCCAGGCUCAGGCUUUUAGCACUAAUGCCAUUAAAAAAGACAAAGAUCGAAAGAACUCCGGGUUUAUGUGAAGAAAUAACCACUGAGUAGCAACUGCUGGUUUCCCAUGUCGCCACUACCACUGCCAGCCUCACGCUGCCCUCUAAUCCCUGCUGCUUCCUGUGCCAGCCUGCGGACACGUACUGUACAUGUGCCUUGGAAUAACACUACAGUACUGCUGUUUCUUCUAGUUUCCCUUUAACUUUCCCAGGAGGCUGUUGGCAUGGUGAUCCUUGUCUCUGACUUGUUACCGUACUACCCCCAUUUUGAUAUGUCCCAUAUAACAGUGUAUGAACAGUAAAUGUGUUAAUAUGCAGCUCAGGCAUGAGAGAGGGUUUGUAUGAAGCUCUGUAUUGCUGAGUCUUUAUACUAAACCUGGUUUUUGAAACACUAUCCCCUUCCUCUGAGUUUUCAUGCACACUUCACUUGUCUGAGCACAAAAGUUGUUACCUCACUCCAUGCAGGUUUUUUUAUUUUUAUUUUUUUUUCUUGUUUUUCCGUGGUGGAGGAUUUUUGUAAUAUCUUACCAAGGGAGAUAUUGGUAUGUUUUACUUCUUGAUUUUCUUUGGAUAUGAUUAUAAUGAAUACCAAGUACCUAAAAGAUGUAUUGUUGUUUAUUUACAAAAACAGCUCCUUGUAUGCUUCAAGAAUUUGUUGUAUAACUGUGCACAAUUAUACUAACCAAAGGGUGAUAUAAAAAAGGGCAUUUUUAAAUGUUAAGUCCAUUGCUUAUAACUGACAUUGGUGUACACAUUUAAAAACAAGGUAAGCGUUCUUAUCAGAUAGUUUUCUCCUUUACUUGGUGGUUUUAUACACUAUGCAGUUUUGUAAAAUGAUAUAUACUGUAAUAUUGAAUAUUCUUGCUUUAGUGCAUUGUAUUCUUCAUAUAAUUUUUGCUUUAAUUGCUGCUGUACUGUACUAGCAGCUAAACUGAGGGACACAUUGUACCUUACAAAGUGUUUACAUUUUUUCACCAAACAUUUUCAGUUUCAAUAUUUCUGAAAAAUAUUUAACAGUUUUUGACUGAACAGUUUAUUUGUACUUAUAUGGUCAUGUAUUUAAACAGAGAGCUGUUAAAGAACUACAGGUGUGUUUUAUCAAUAAAAAACAUCCUCUUUGCAUCUCUCUGCAGGCUGCGUCCUGUUCUUGUGAAGGAUGCAGGUAAUUACAAGUGAACUGUGAUGAUGGGCAGGGAAUGAAGUGACUGACAGUGGGGAAGAGCAGAGGUGCUCGUUUUGUUUGUGUUGUAAACGGUGAAGAGUGCGCACAAGAUGUGCGGGA